UCUACAAGGACUUAAGCGACUAAACUGGGAUAUUCAUUUAGUGAGCAUGUUACACUGCUUGACCGUAGUAAUCCUAUCGAUUCCUUUGUUUUUUGAAGAAGAAUUGGUAAAAGAUAAAGUUUUCGGUUAUAAUUAUUAUGCAGGAAACGUUUAUUCCGUUGCUUGCGGAUAUUUCCUUUGGGAUGCUUUGAUAUCUCUUUACCAUGUCAAAGAAUUUGGUGUUGGAUUCGUGUUGCAUGGUGCAUGUUGUUUUGGUGUGUUUAUAUUUGCAUACCGACCAUUUUUGAAUUAUUACGGUGCUGUAUUUUUGAUGUAUGAAAUUUCGACACCAUUCUUGAACAUACAUUGGUUUAUGGACAAACUUGGGUUGACCGGUACAUUACCACAACUCAUAAAUGGAAUCUUCCUAUUGUCUUCAUUCUUCUUCGCAAGAAUUAUCUACGGAUUUUACAUGUCCUAUCAUGCAUACUUGUCUGCUCAACAAGUAAUGUCCCAGAUACCGAUUUUCUUGUGCAUAAUAUACGGAAUAUCAAAUAUGGUGUUGAAUAUUUUAAACGUAUACUGGUUCUUUAAGAUGAUUGAGUCCUUAAUGAAAAGAUUCGAUAAGGGUGAAAAAAAACAUCAUAAACAUCAUAUUUCACAAGCCGGAAAGUCGACAAGCAAGUCUGAGUCUAAGAUCAAGAAAAACUAA